GGACGACCUUGGAAUUCCACCAUAUCGGUCUCAAUGACCUUCACAUUGCGACCUGCAGCAACGGAUCAGUUCUCUGGAGCAGGUUCUUUUCAGGGGCAAGUGUAUGUAGAGAAGGGCGACAAUGAUUUAAAUGUAAUACUUCGCAUUGGCAGCAGUGAAGAUGAAGAGGAGGAAGACGAGGAGGAGGAGAAAGAGGAUGAAGAGGAUAAAGAGGGGGAGAGGAAUCAGGAUGGAAUGCUGGAGGACGAGGAGGAUGAAAGUGAGGAUGAAGAGGAGGAUGAAGAGGAGGAUGACGYUGAGAUGACGRCACCGGAGGAGGGGCAAAGGGAUGAAGAUGAUAAGGGUGAGGAAGAGGAUACGGAGGAAGAAGGAGAGGAAAAGGAAGAGGAGGGAGAGGGGGGCAAAGAGGAGGACAAAGAGAAGGACAGAGAGGACGACAAAGCGAAGGACAGAGAGGAGAACAGAGAAGAGGGUGGUCUAAGUAGAUAAGGAGCAGUGUGCCCAGCGAGUCCCUCUGAACAAGCGGUGAAAAUGUCGGUAGCUGUUUUGCGUGAUUUCUACAAGUCUAGUCAACUGAAGCCUGCACUCGGAAACAGAGGAGUCAAAGAACGGACGAUCUCUAGACGAUCUCGUGAUGUCCCCUUGAACAAUUUGGGCCCCUAUAGCGGUGGGUGCUGACUUAAAGCUAAGUCGAUUCAUAGUCCUAUAAAUCAAUGUUGCUAAACAGA